CGUUUCAUGGACAGGCUCAGGUCGCUCUGACUCCUCUUCUGCAAUAAGACGGAAAAGAACAACGCCUGUUAGGAAAACUUUCAAACGCAGCUGAAGGACAGAAUGAGGCCGAUCCUCCUCCUGCUGAUUUGCACUGGUUUGUACUUACAGGUUACAAGGUGCUACUCAUCAUGCCGUUUGGCAAAACAAGUAGCUUACUGCUCCUUUCAYACGCAUCACUGGGUUCCAGCCCUGCCAACCAACAUCACCCACCUCUACCUGGCUUCAAACUACAUCAGUGAGAUCAACAGCACCUCCCUGAGAGGCUUAGAGGAGCUCCAACAUUUAAACCUGGAAUCACAGCACGUGACCCUCAUCAUCAGGAACGACUCUUUUCUCAGGCAGAAAAAUCUGCAGGAGUUGUUACUCGGCUAUAAUCUCAAUCUGAAACUGGAGCCGAGAGCGUUUGCAGGGCUCCUCAGUUUACGGAACCUUUCUUUGUACUACUGCAGCUUGACAGACUUGAUACUGUCCGAGAYCUAUCUGGAGCCACUCGUGUCUUUAGAAGAACUUGACCUUUACGGCAACAAGAUACGAAGACUCAAGCCUGGUCUGUUCUUUCUGAAUAUUACAAAGUUCACUCGUCUAAACCUCAAACUGAACGCUGUUGAGAAAAUAUGUGAGGAAGACCUAGUUGGCUUUAGGGGUAAACACUUUGCUGAGCUGAAUCUAAACUCCAACCACUUUUCCACAUUAGAUGUGGACAAAUGUGGAAAUCCUUUCAAAGGACUGGAAUUUGAUAUUCUUGACCUCUCUUCGACCGGGUUCAAUGAGGAGAACACAAAGCAGUUUUUUGGAAGAAUGGCGGGGACUCCUAUUGGCCACCUCAAAUACAAAGGAAUCCUUGGAAAAGGUUUUUCUCACAACAACAGUCGCGAUCCAGAUAAAAGCACAUUCCAAGGCCUCAAGAACAGUUCAGUCAUCAUUUUAGAGCUCUCAAAGAAUUGGAUAUUUGCUUUGGAGAGUGGCGUAUUUAGUGCUUUUAAAGAUGUAAUAAUUAUUGAUGUCUCGCAAAACAAAAUAAAUCAGAUCAGGAGAAAUGCCUUCGAUGGUCUUCAGGCAAAUUUAAAGAUGCUGAACUUAUCAUUUAACUUGUUGGGAGAAGUCUAUUCCUACACCUUCAACAGUCUGACAGAGCUUCUUUUGCUGGAUUUGUCCUACAAUCACAUUGGUGCUCUGGGUUACGACACUUUCAUUGGUCUUCCCAAAUUACAGGAUUUAUAUCUGACUGGAAAUUCUCUGCGGCAGCUGGGUUCUGUUGCACCUCUGCCCAGCCUUAAUGUUCUGUCGCUCAAAGACAAUAGGUUACAUUCACUCACAGGCCUGAGCGUGGGCGUGAACAGUAUCUAUGUAGAUAUUUCAGAGAACAGGUUAACAAACUUGGAGGAUGUUUAUGUCAUUUUAACACAUUUUAAGCAUCUCCGGUACCUUUUUUUUGGAGGUAACUCGAUCAAGUGGUGCAGGAUAAACGAGGGAGUUGAAAUGCCUCCUGAGCCUCAUUUGGAAGUGCUGGAUCUUCACGGCAGUUCCCUGCAGAUAGCUUGGGAACAAAAAACGUGCCUCGACGUGUUUGAUCAUCUCAAGAAUCUGCUUAUCCUAAAUAUAAGUCUCAAUUCAUUAAUGUCUCUCCCUCAGGGGAUCUUCAGAGGCCUCAGCUCGGUUGAACAGAUAGACCUUUCAUCGAAUGCUUUGACCUAUCUGGAGGGAGACGUCUUUCCACCCAGCCUGAAACUGCUUGACCUUUCAAACAACUUCCUAGCCUCCCCUGAUCCUGAGACUUUCCACUCUCUCAGUUUUCUCAGCCUGGCAAAUAACCGCUUCUUCUGUGACUGUUCUCUGGAGGGCUUCCUGACGUGGCUGAAUUUGACCAACAUCACCUUCCUGAGCCCCAAGCAGGACUACAGAUGUGAGUUUCCAGCUGUUGUCCACAACCUUCCCCUUCUGGAGUAUCAUGUUGAACCAUGUGAGGAAGACGACGAAAAGGUCGUACAAGGUCUUCGCUUUGCUGUUUUCGUCUUAUCUACCAUCCUCAUCCUCAGUGUCAUGCUAAGUGGGAUUGUUUACGCUCGCUUCCGAGGGCACAUAUUCAUCAUCUACAAGAAGAUUGUCAACAGAGUUGUUGAGGGACCAAAGGCGACGCCUGGUGAAAACAAACUGCAGCACGAUGUCUUCCUCUGCUUCAGCAACAACGACUACAGGUGGGUGGAGGCCGCGCUGCUGAAGAAGCUUGAUAACCAGUUUUCAGAGGGAAACUUCUUCCGCUGUUGUUUCGAGGCCAGAGACUUCCUGCCUGGUGAGGAUCAUCUGUCAAACAUCAGGGACGCCAUCUGGGGCAGCAGGAAGACUUUGUGUGUGGUCUCCAAGGAGUUCCUUAAAGAUGGUUGGUGUUUGGAGGCAUUCACCCUCGCUCAGGGUCGCAUGUUGGAUGAACUGACUAACAUCCUCAUCAUGGUUGUGGUAGGAAAGGUGGCUCACUACCAGCUGAUGAAGUGCAAUGCACUCAGAGCUUUUGUCCAUAAGAGGUGGUACCUCACCUGGCCAGAGGACCCUCAGGACCUGGAGUGGUUUUAUGAGCGACUCACCUUACAAAUUUUCAAAAACACCAAGGUGGAAGUGUUGGCAGUGCAAGAACCGAAGACUACAAAGCCUGAACCUAAAAUCAAGGAAGAGAUUCAGCUGGAGAACAUCCAAAGAGUUACCGCCUGAACUUUGAUGAAAAUCGUACAGUGCAAAUAAGUACAGACAGUGGCUACUAAUGAACGAAUCAUGCCUUCAAAUACAGUUAAAGAGGAGGUGUGGACGGGCCAAGAUAGCCAGAAAUCAAGAGUCCAGUCAAGGAAGAAGUCUUCCCUUCUCCAUGCAGCUCAAAACACUUAAACAAGAUCAAGUAACAUCAUCAGGUUUAACCUGCAUCUAGCACCUUGGGAUAUAAUGCUUUUCACUUUGCAGCAGCACACAACAGGAACAUUAUUUACCCUCAGAGGGGCUGAGGCUUAUCUGUGAAAGAAUUUUAAUUUAGUGUUUUUGUGUCACUCUGUUCUGUGAGCUUGUCUCUGAAACUCUACUUACUGUGCAAAAAACCUGAUUCAAGGCAGCUUGAAAUGUCGUCAGAUGUUUAACAUUUUUUAUGUGCUCGUCUUUAAUCGUUUUUAUUUCACUUUGAGGAAUCUUUUAAGGUUUUGGUUUUAGUAAAUGUGAAUAUUUGCCUGUUUAUGUGCUGUGUUAUUCAGACCGUCAUCUAGACAUUWAAUUUAAGAAGCAGGGCACCAAAGAUGUGUUUCCUCAUUUUGCAUGCUUGAGAUGAUAAAAAAAAAAAACACAUCAGUCUAACUUUAUAUAAGAUGAACCAAGUGCAACUGAUGUGUUGCUUGUCCUAAAAAAAUUAAUUAUCCUUUAAAGUCCUACAUUUCUUUUGCAUCAAACAUUUGAAUGAAAGGAACGUAGUUAUUUGAGUCCACUUGUUGAAUAAAUCAAAAUUCACAACUUUUGAAACCUACAGAUUAGUCUCCACAUGUUCAAAACAGUUUCUGUCAGUUAUAAAGCAGUGAUUAAAGGCCGAUGACUUGGAUUUAAAGGAAAUCAUGACCAAUCUGAAGUGGUGUUUAGUAGAAAAGUUACUAACCCCAGUUUACUCUGUGUCCACUCCACUCUGGUAUGACCUCUGCACUACAAAUGCACCCAGUGGUGGGCACCAGCCCACUAAAGCACAAAUCCGCUAAUUGCGGACCUAAAUAUUUUGUUUGCGCUU